AUGGAUAUUUUCUCAAAAUCCCUCCCUUUGUACACUGCUCCGAUUUCAGUACUGGCCAAUUUUUUAUUGAUAAAUUUGAUAAUUUUCAAGUCUCCCGCGCAAAUGGGAAAUUACAAGUAUUUAUUGAUUGGCGUUUCGCUUUUUGAGAUUUUCUACGGAAUUUUGGAUUUUUUGGCUGAAACGAGAGUUUUAUCAGUUGGGCCGAGUUUUGUGGUGGUCAUUCCAUAUAAGGACCGAUUUUUCGAUAAAAAAUGGGCCGAAUUUUUGAAUUGUCUGUAUUGUGGAUUUUUCGGAUUCUCCAUGGGCAUGUUUGUUAUCAUUUUUGCUUAUCGAUUAUUUGUGGCUACCGAAAAUCAGAUUUUACAAAAGUUCAAAGGGCCAAAAAUCAUUUUUUGGUUUUUAUACCCAUUUUUGCAUUUGGCACUUUUCUAUAUUGAUGCGUGGCUACCGUACUCUCCAUUCCCUGAAAUGGACGAGUUUGUGGGGCCUGACAUCUUGAAAAGUCUUAACCUAUCUCUCGAUGACGUGGCAUAUACAGGACCACUUUUUUAUUCAAAAAUCACAAAUUCCGUGAGAAUUCCAACGAUGGUAGUUUCAAUGCUACAAUAUCUGUUUACGAAGCAGUUAUUUUUUGCCCUGGUUUUUCAGGCCAUGGUCCCAAUAAUCCUCAUGCAUAUACCAGUCACCAUUCUCUACACUUGCUCAUUAUUGGAUAUCAUUUUUCGACUUCCCGUUGAAUCUACAAUUGCUCUAUUCCCAGCGCUGGACCCAUUUCCAACCAUUUUUAUUGUCAAAAGUUAUCGAAAUACUAUCCUGGAAAUGACAACACCACCAAACUUAGAAGAUAUGCCUGAUGUUGUGCUGAGCAAUAUAUUCGAAAAAACUGGAAUUUCUGGAAUGUAA